CGCAGCCAGGCCCCGUGUUGUGCCCUCUGCCAGGCCGGUGCUAGUGGCCGGCAGAAGUCACUCACGCGCACCAUAUUUUGUUUUACAGAACUACACUCAGUAUAUCCCUCUGUCCAUCUAUGACCUCCAGACGUGGAUGGGCAGCCCGUCCAUAUUCGUCUACGACUGCUCCAACGCCGGCCUCAUCGUCAAGUCCUUCAAGCAGUUUGCCCUGCAGAGGGAGCAGGAGCUGGAGGUCGCUGCCAUCAACCCGAACCACCCGCUGGCGCAGAUGCCUCUGCCGCCAUCCAUGAAGAACUGCAUCCAGCUGGCGGCCUGCGAGGCCAACGAGCUGCUGCCCAUGAUCCCCGACCUCCCGGCCGACCUGUUCACGUCGUGCCUCACCACCCCCAUCAAGAUCGCCCUGCGCUGGUUUUGCAUGCAGAAAUGCGUUAGCCUGGUGCCUGGAGUCACACUGGACCUGAUAGAAAAGUGAGUACGGUGGUGAGGGCGUGGCUUCCUGGGUGGAAGGGGGCGGGGAGAUGCGUCUCGCUUUUCCCGUUUGGUUCUCAGAAGGGCUUCUGCCAGCAGGAUGCCUCCCUCCAUGUGGGUCUGCUCUUUUGAGUUUGGAUGGUUGCAUUGAUGCUCA